AUGCUCUAUGCAUGCUGCGCGGCUACUGCCUAUUCCCUUGACAUGUCUGAUGUGCUGAUUCCGCAAGAUGCAGAUCAGCUUUUGAUUGCAAUCAACACAAGCUUCGGAGAAAUGCCUCACGGCACUGCAGUUGAGUACAGCGACUUGACACAAACAAUGCCGGAGACAACGCCGCGGGUGGUCACAGCGGAUUGUUGCAGCUUUGUUGCAAACAGUUGA